AUGCACUCAGGCUCUCAGCCUCUGCGUGUUUACAAGCUGAAGAGCAGGGAGGGAGUAAUCGACCGAGUGGUUGACUCGCAUUCCCUCAUCGGCCGAGGGCUUUUCAAGAAGGAAACCGACAUCUCCAAAUUCGUGGGGCUUCGAGUCACCACAGUGGAAGGAGCACAAGGAACAAUUCAGUCUCCGUUUGGCAAGUCAGGCAAAUUCAAGGUGGUGUUCCAGUCUGCACUACCCAAGGAGGCCAUAGCUGGUGCGCCUCUGCAUCUUGUUUUCAAGCGGCUGGUGUUUGAUAAGACAAAGCAGAUGCUACAGUAG